GGCCAACAUGAGCCCAAAAGUGAGCCGUCCGGUUGGCAGGCGGCCAGACCAGCUCUGGCCGACUGUCCAAACGGAGCGGCCCGAGCACAACCCCCUCCCCUCUCCUUCACCUCCCGUCGCUGGCCUGACCCUCAUUUGGGCUGGUUCUUUGUCCUUUUGCCGUCUUUUAACCCUCCCGUCCGGUUGUCGGCGCUACUUUUUUCACGUCAGCCCGUCUCUUUGCCGACUGUCUACAGUCGGCCAGAAACAUCGAAAUCACCAGCAAAAAACACGUUGCUUGGCGACGCCGCGGAGCAGGUGAUGUACCGGUUCGUUUCACGAUCACACACAAGAGAUGACCACAUUUCGACGUGGACCUCGGCGACUGCUCACCUUCCGACGGCUCAGCCGCUUGCGCGACAGGACUCGAACUCAGGAGUCUUCAAUGACCCGACAAGACGACCAAUCCGUUGGUUCUCUCUGCACCCGAGUGACCUUCCAUCAAGACGGGCUUAA